CAGUCUGCACCGCCGAGAGCUGCGCGCCGCAGCGCCAGCGGAGGAGAGGGGCCGGCGGAGCGCGCAGCGCCCAGGCCCCCGCGCCCGCCCGGCCUGGCCUGCGGCCCCGCGUCCCCGCGCCGCCUCCGCUCCAACGCGGCUGCAGCCGCGCGUCCUGGCCAUCUGGCUUUAGGUUUUCUGUGAGUUCGGUUUCUUCCCUCAUUCGCUCAUCUGCCAGGAAAAGAGACUCGCGGUUGGCGCUUUGGCCUCCAGUUCAUUGAGUAAAGAGGAAAAAAAAAAAAAAAGAAAUACUCCGCGUGCGCUUCUGGAAGGGGGGGGUCGCCCGAUCCCCGAACCCCAGAGUGUUUCUUCGGCUCAGGACUUGUCUCCGGAUUUUCCCUGCUGUUCUCCUCCCGCCGACCGCACAGAAGUUGGGACUGAAGUGGAGUUUGGAAAGAAGGGUUGGGGGGCAGAAGUUGGCUUCGGGACUGGAUUUAUCUGCACAUCGCAGGAAGAAGAAGCGAAUCCAAAGGAGAGGGGUUGUUGGUGCAAAGCCGCGAUCACGGAAUUCAGAUGUGUUCUAAGCCUGCUGGAGUGACCAUACUUCCAAGAUCUGAUGGAGGCCAGAGCUCAGAGUGGCAGCGGGUCACAGCCCUUGCUGCAGGCACCCCGUGACAGUGGCAGGCAGCGUGGGGAGCCUGACCCCAGAGAAGCCCUCACCCAGCAGGUACACGUGUUGUCUCUGGAUCAGAUCAGAGCCAUCCGAAACACCAAUGAGUACACAGAGGGGCCUACUGUGGUCCCGAGACCUGGGCUCAAGCAUGCUCCUCGCCCUUCGAGCCAGCACAAGCAUGAGAGACUCCACGGCCUGCCGGAGCACCGUCAGCCUCCCAGACUCCCUCACUCACAGGUCCAUACUUCUGCACGAGCCCCUCUGUCCAGGUCCAUCAGCACUGUCAGCUCGGGGUCUCGGAGUAGCACGAGGACAAGUACCAGCAGCAACUCCUCAGAACAGAGACUGUUAGGAUCAACCUUCUCCUCGGGCCCGCUUGCUGAUGGGAUAAUUCGGGUGCAGCCCAAAUCAGAGCUUAAGCCAGGUGAGCUGAAGCCGCUGAGCAAGGAGGAUUUGGGCCUGCAUGCCUACAGGUGUGAGGACUGCGGCAAGUGCAAGUGUAAGGAGUGCACCUACCCAAGGCCUCUGCCAUCGGACUGGAUCUGCGACAAGCAGUGCCUUUGCUCAGCCCAGAACGUGAUUGACUAUGGGACUUGUGUGUGCUGUGUAAAAGGUCUCUUCUAUCACUGUUCUAAUGAUGACGAGGACAACUGUGCUGACAACCCGUGUUCUUGCAGCCAGUCUCACUGUUGUACACGUUGGUCGGCCAUGGGCGUCAUGUCCCUCUUUUUGCCUUGUUUAUGGUGUUACCUUCCAGCCAAGGGUUGCCUUAAGUUGUGCCAGGGGUGUUAUGACCGGGUUAACAGACCUGGAUGCCGUUGUAAGAACUCAAACACAGUUUGCUGCAAAGUUCCCACUGUCCCACCCAGGAACUUUGAAAAACCAACAUAGCAUCAUUAAUCAGGAAUAUUACAAUAAUAAGGAUUACUCCCCCCCUUUUAACACACAUAUUCAACCAACUAAACAGUUAUAAUCUUGGCACUAUUAAUAGAGGGUUGGUAUAUUCUUUGCUGUUUGCAGUGAAAUGCUUUUGUCCAUGUGCCAUUUUAACUGAUAACUUGUUAGAAUUCAGCUAAUAGAGCUCAAAAUUAUGGAGUACGAAGUAGGUGGCCCAUAUGUUGCAUAAGCUAAAGCAACAGACACUCCUAGGGAAAAUUUCUGUUUGUGAAUAGUACUUGGCAAAAUUUGUAAAUUAGCAAAUGACUUUUUUUUCCCAUUGUUUUCUUCAGAGAUAAUGUGCUAUAUUUUUGUAUAUAUACAAUAAUAUUUGCAACUGUGAAAAACAAGUUGUGCCAUACUACAUGGCACAGUCACAAAAUAUUAUACUAAUAUGUUGUACAUUCGGAAGAAUGUGAAUCAAUCAGUAUGUUUUUAGAUUGUAUUUUGCCUUACAGAAAGCCUUUAUUGUAAGACUCAGAUUUCCCUUUGGACUUCAUGUAUAUUGUACAGUGACAGUAAAAUUCAACCUUUAUUUUCUAAUUUUUUCAACAUAUUGUUUAGUGUAAAGAAUAUUUAUUUGAAGUUUUAUUAUUUUAUAAGAAAGAAUAUUUAUUUUAAGAGGCAUCUUACAAAUUUUGCCCCUUUAAGUGGAUGUGAUAGUUGCUGCAAAUGAGGGGUUCCAGAUGCAUAUGUCCAAUAUAAAAUAGAAAAUAUAUUAACGUUUGAAAUUAAA